AUGGACAAGUCCAAACGAUCUCGACGACUUUAUGGUGGCACAGUUCAAAACUUCCUUGUGAUCUGGCUGGAUGAGAAUAUCAACGAAAAGAAAAACACUGAUUGUCAAAAUGCAAUUGUUAAACUACGAGAAGUGGUGAAUGCAGUAAAUACAUUCACUAAUAUCGAAGAAUGCGUUACUUUUAUUACUGAUAUCAAGGUUGAAAAGGUCUUUAUAAUUUCAUCGGAUACACUUUGUCAAACAACAGUUCCAAUGAUCCAUGAUAUGGCACAGGUUAAUACUAUAUAUAUUUGUUCUGGGAAUAAAUCUCGACAUGAACAAUGGAUAAAACAAUGGCCUAAAAUAAAAGGUAUCUUCACAGACAUUCAAUCCAUUUGUGAAGCACUGAAAAAUGCUGUUCAUAAAUGCGAUCGAAACACUAUCUCGAUGGGCUUUGUGCCCAUGAAUGUUGACACAACAACUAAAAGUCUUGAUCAACUCGAUCAAUCUUUCAUGUAUACACAAAUAUUAAAGGAAAUUCUCUUAACUAUUGAUUUUCAAAGAGAACAUUUUCAAGUAUUUAUUACAUACUGUCGUGAACAGUUUGUUGGCAAUCCAGCGGAACUUCGUCAUGUCGAUAAACUCGAAAAUGAAUAUCAUCAACAUACGCCGAUCUGGUGGUAUACAAACUUGUAUUUUCUCUAUUCUAUGCUCAAUCGAGCUUUACGACUAAUGGAUAUCGAUCUUAUCAUCAAAUUAGGCUUUUUUCUGUCUGAUCUUCAUCAACACAUCGCUCGCCUUCACUCGGAGCAAACUCAUUCCGACACGCUCACUGUCUUUCGUGGUCAAGGUUUGUCUCAGACAGACUUUAACCAAGUGACAAAGACACAAGGUGGUUUAUUAUCGUUUAAUAGCUUUUUAUCGACCAGUCUUGACCGAAGAGUUUCUCUUGCUUUCGCUGAAAGUAAUAUAGAUAAUCCAUAUUUAAUAGGUACUCUCUUUCAAAUAAGUAUUAAUUCAUCGACUUCAUCAACUCCAUUCGCCAAUGUUCGUAAUAUUAGCUAUUAUCAAGACGAAGAGGAAUUUCUCUUUUCAAUGCAUUCUAUAUUUCGUAUUGGAGAAAUCAAACAGAUCGAUGGCAAUAAUCGGCUUUGGCAAGUGGAGUUGACUUUGACAGGGGAUCAUGAUCCACAACUGCACAUAUUAACUCAACAGAUACGAGCAGAAACAUCUCCACAUGAGAUUGGAUGGAAGCGAUUAGGUCAAUUAUUGAUUAAACUUGGACAGUUUGACAAAGCACAGCAAGUCUAUGAUGUACUGCUUGUUAAGACAUCAGAUCAUCGAGAGAGAGCCAACAUUUAUCAUCAUCUCGGAACGAUCAAGAAAGGUCAAGGAGAAUAUGCAAAAGCAAUGAUGUAUGCUGAAAAAUCACUGAAAAUCAACCAAAAAUCUCUUCCUCCCGAUCAUCCCGACUCGGCUGUUUCUUACUACAUCAUCGGUUCAGCGUACCAUAAAAUGAGCGAGUACUCGAAAGCACUUUCAUCUCAUGAAAAAGCACUUGAAAUUCGACAAAAAAUCCUUUCUCCAAACCAUCAUGAUUUGGCUACUUCUCACGAACGCAUUGGUAAUGUUUAUUUUCGCAUGGACGAGUACUUAAAAGCACUUUCAUAUUAUGAAAAAGCACUUGAAAUUCGUCAAAAAACUCUUCCUCUCAAUCAUCCUGAUUUGUCUGCUUCUUACAACAACAUCGGUCGGGUGUAUUAUUGCAUAGAUGAGUACUCAAAAGCACUUUCAUAUUACGAAAAAGCAUUUGAAAUUCGACAAAAAACUCUUCCUUUAAAUCAUCCUCAUUUGGCUAUGUCUUAUAACAAUUUCGGUGAAGUGUAUAUCAAAAUGAGUGACUACGAAAAAGCUCUUUCGUAUCAUGAAAGAGCAUUUAAAAUCAGGCAAGAAACUCUUUCUCCAAAUCAUCCUGAUUUAGCAAAAUCUUACAGCAAUAUCGGUAAUGUGUAUUAUCGCAUGAGUAAGUAUUCGAAAGCAUUUUCGUAUCAUGAAAGGGCACUUGAAAUCAGGCAAAAAGCGCUCCCUGAAAAUCAUUCUGAUGUGGCUCUUUCAUACAACAAUAUCGGUUUAGUGUACGACGACAUGCACGAAUAUUCGAAAGCCUUCUCAUAUUAUUCACAGGCUGUUGAGAUUGGAGAAUGUUCAUUACCCGAGAAUCAUACUCUUCUCCAAGAAUGGAAAAGAAACCUUGAAAAUGUCAAAAAGAAAUUGCAGGUGAUUUUUGUUUUUGAAAAUAAACAAAUAAUUUGA